AUGAGGGGUGAUUUUCUCAAAGUUCCAUGGAGGAGGCUGGUUUGUAAUAACUAUGGAGCACCAAAGUGGAUUUUUAUCUUAAGGUUGGUGGCUCAUGGUAGACUCUACACAAGGGAUAGACUUGAUAGUUGGGGGAUUACAACAACUCAGGAUUGCUCACUUUGUUUAGAUGGACUGGAAACCUUAGCUCAUCUGUUCUUCCAUUGUCCUUACUCGGCAACUAUAUGGGAGACGCUACUACAUUGGCAAGGCAUCUACAGAAUAUCUAUGAUAUGGCCAGAUGAAAUGCAAUGGGCAGCAACACAUGCUAAUGGAAAAAAUAGCACAUCUGAGGUCCAUAGAAUGGUGCUGGCAGCAAGUGUAUAUCAUAUCUGGAUUGAGAGGAACCACAGGAUAUUUCAACAUAGAAGGAGAGGACCUGAUGAAAUUAUUAGACAAAUUAUUCAGGAAGUGUUCCAUAGAGGACAACUAAGGGGCAGAUUAGCACAAAGAUUGGAAAUGCUCAAUUUCUAUCCUCAGCUUCCAACUUUGCCUGUUCAACUAGUUUAG